GAGCGGGGUCAGUGUAUCCUGUCCACUCCACCAAAGAUUCUCUUCUGUGACUUGCGACUGGAUCCUGGGGAGUCAAAGUCCUCAAGCGAUGGUCCUGCAGUGGCAUAACAUUAAGCGUUUCAGGUUGUACAUGGACAGGCUCUUCAGGUUGUCCUGGGUAUCUGCCGUGACUGAGUGACAGAGGUUUCUCAAGUCACAGAGAGAAGGAGCAGAGAUGCAGUGCCUGUGAUGGAAGGGGUCUGCUGGAGCGUUCAGCUCUGGGGAGGUGAGAGCAGAGCUGCAGACCAUGCCGAGGGGCCGUGAAUUGUAACACGCAGUUUUUGAGGUUCUGACCUGCUGCAAUUCUAGGCCUCGACGGGCCUGACCAGACAAAACGGCGGACAGGGCUAAAUGAACCUGGCUCGACUAGGUGAUUAGUGAGAAUUGGUGCAUGUGGUUGUGUGUGCUGGAAGCAGUGUCUGAGUGGCAGCACAUGUGAGGCGAGGUGAGUGGCAGCACGCUAUUGCAGGGGAUGUGCUUGGCCUGCUGUGGGAAAGAGAAGGCAGAAAGCACCCUGCACUGCUCCUGGCUCAGCCCCACUGCUCUUCCUAACCAUCAGUGCAGGGAGUCUCUGAGCAACAGCUCCAGAACUUCUGUUUGGCCUUGGAAAGCAAUCCCUUCUGCGCUUGUUGCAGAUUCAUACUGUGAGACGCUGCCCAUAGAUGGCCCUCCUUCUUUUCGGGGACAGUCAGUGAAGUACGUGUACAAGCUAACCAUCGGCUGCCAGCGGGUGAACUCCCCCAUCAAGCUCCUGCGCGUACCUUUCCGUGUCCUUGUCCUGCACGGGCUCAAGGAUUACCAGUUCCCGCAGGAUGAGGCUGUUGCUCCCUCAAACCCCUUCCUGGAGGAGGAGGAGGGCUUGAAGAAAGACUCUCGCCUGGCAGACCUGGCGACAGAACUGCUCAUGGCGGCAACCUCCCGACGCAGCUUGCACCUGUAUAACAUCAGCAACACUCGUGGGAAGGUGGGGACAUUCUGUAUCUUUAAAACAGUGUAUAAGAUCGGAGAGGAUGUCAUUGGGACGUUUAACUUCUCAGAAGGAGACAUCCCAUGUCUACAGUACUCUGUGAGCCUGCAGAUGGAGGAGAGCAUCCAGGAGGAGUUCCAGCGGCGGCGGGGGCAACCCGUCUCCUACAGCACGCACGCCCGCCAUCAGGAGGCCUGCCUGCAUACGGCCCAGAGCAGCUUCAGCCUGCCCAUCCCGCUGAGCUCUACGCCGGGAUUCACCACCAACAUCGUGUCCCUGAAGUGGAGGCUGCACUUUGAGUUUGUGACCUCUGGGGAGUCGGCGGGGACUUGCGUUGUUCGUGGGAGCCAGUCAGAGGCCGUCACCUGGACAGGGGUGGAGCAGAUCGAAGUGGACACUUUCAGCUGGGACUUGCCCAUCAAAGUCCUUCCCACAAACCCCAUCCUGGCCUCCUACGUGUCUCAGUUCUCCAGUACCAACUCCAUCACCAUCUGAGAGUGCGGAGAGCUGGUAGGACCCUGCAGUGCUGCAGGCCAGUGGGAAUGGUAGGCAGGACUACAGCCAGCGUGCUGUGAGGUGCGCAUCUCAGUGCUUCCCCUGGCUUUACCUGCAAUGCCCAGGCAGGCGCCAGGCAGGUCUGUCCUGCCCAUGGGCAGAGGAGCACUCCGCUAGUGCCUUGUGCUACAGCCUGUCCGCUGGGAGCCAGAUGCUGGCUCCCUUUCUCGUCUGGGUGAACAUGCGAGUCCGAGCGCUCGCUGAAAGGGGAUCUGCCUACCAGGGAAUGGCCCUACGUGCCUUGACCCCUCGAGGGGCUUCCAAGAUAGAGGGGCUCAGCCCAGGAAAAGGAGAGUGGAGCUCUUCUGGUGAAGCCUCAUAGCAGCCUUGUGUGAAGGCCGUGUCCCUACAGCGGAGAUCCCGCAAGCAGAGAUCUCAUUUCCAGGUGAGGUAUGCUGGCCACUUGAGUGGAGUUGGGAGACUGCUCUCCAGGUAGGCACUGUCCUGGCACGUGUCCUGCAUCAUGGAAGGGUAUCUUGUGCACCCAGCCCAGCACCCCUGUUGCACUAGCACAGACAAGGCAGGUCCUGGCAGGCCAGCUCUGCACUGCUGGCGUGUGCUAGUAUUCUGGAUGUAACCGAGUCCUUUGGCAGUUUGAGGCUGAGCAAGGUGGCAGCAUAGUGGUGUUGAUCCAAAGCUGAGAAGUACAGAGAUGUGGGCUCCCUCUUGGUUACAAAGGCAUCCUGCAGGUCUCAGGAUCCUUGCAGAGCAGGAGCAAAAAUGUAUGCUGUGCAUUUCUGGAGCUGGGGUUGAGUUCAGGUCUCCCUGCUCAACAGCCAGCUCCGUGUUUCCACCAGACCUUUCAAAGAGUUUUCCUCUUUGCAUGGAGAUCUAAUAAACAUCUGAACGUGCAAA